AUGGCACCCUUUCUAGGAACAGAGCAGGACCAAAACAAUCAGUCCACCCAACCAAACGCUUUGCUGUUGGGUACAAGAACAGCCCUGGACCAACUUCUAGCAAAGGCCAAAGACAACCUCCCUCAAGAGUCACUGCAGCAUAUUACCAAUGUCAAGUUCUCGACCGCCAACACAGGAUCACCCUACUUUCCAAGCCCAUUGAAGCAGACGGAAGCAAUCUCGGCCCUCAAGGCUGUCGAGGCAGGCGUUGCCUCUGCUAUAGCUGAUCUUGACAAUGAUCAAAAAGAUCGCCACAUUGCAGUCGAUCUUGAAAGAGCAACAGCUUUUCUCUUCUCCACCUACCUCACCACUGUAGGAGGCCUUGACAAGUCGAAUCCCAAGGUCAAAAAGUUACUGAAAAACACGGACCUUCUCCAAGCCCAGUCUAUUCUCUACCGCAGGUUGUCUGCAAAUCUCUAUGAGACCAAGAGACCGGGAGAGUACUUUCACCUGCAUGGCUCCCUCGAGGCAACCAAAGCACUGAACAUGGUUGGUCUGGAAGGCUUCCGACCUGACUUGACCGAUUAUCACGAGUGCAUCAAAGUAAUUGAGGAUCGCGUCCGACAAUUUACGGUAGAAGAGCUUGAAGAAAAGAAUCGGGCGAUCAAACAAGCUGGUGUGACCUGCCUAAAAUGGGAUGACUUCCGAACUACUGAACACGGUCAAGCACUGAUGCAGGAGCCGCCCUGGAAAGUAGAACCUCUGGAAACCGACACACCACCAACCCCACUACCCUUCCGAUCUUCACAUGCACCAAAGCCACAGAUCCUCUCUGGCAUCCGUGUUCUUGAGCUUUGCCGAAUCAUUGCCGGCCCGGCAAUGGGCCGUGGUCUUGCCGAGUAUGGUGCUGAAGUUAUUAAAGUCACAUCGCCGAACCUGUCCGAUGUGCCUUUCUUCCAGGUGGAUGCCAACAUUGGAAAACAUACGACCGACUUGAACUUGAAGGAUCCGAAUGAUCGACAGACCUUUGAAGAGCUUCUACAAUCUGUAGAUAUUGUUCUUGAUGGCUAUCGCCCUGGCAGCUUGAAUCGUCUUGGAUAUGGACCACAAAAAAUGGUCGAGUUGGCGAAGAAGCGUGGCAAGGGCAUAGUAUAUAUUGCCGAGGACUGCUUUGGCCACGUUGGACCAUGGUCAUCACGUCCAGGUUGGCAACAGAUUGCAGACUGUGUUACCGGUGUAGCCUGGGCACAAGGUCAAGCAAUGGGGCUGAACGAGCCUGUCGUACCGCCGUUCCCCAUGAGCGACUAUGGCACAGGCUGCAUGGGCACCAUCGCUGCCCUAGUCGGGCUCUACAGGCGGGCCAAAUCUGGUGGAAGCUACCUUGGUCUCACUUCUCUAUGCCAAUACGACAUAUUCCUGCUUCAGCUUGGUCUUUACGACGAUCGCACAAUGGCCGAGCUCAAGAAGCAACACGACAAGGAGUUCUUCGAGCUACGUCACUACGAUUCAGUAGAUGAGGUUGGUAAGCGGGCCCUCAAGACCAUGAGAAGAACACACCCAGAGCUGUUUGAGGACCGACAUAUGCAGGAGUGCUUUAGCAGGGGUUUCAACGCCAAUGUCAGGACUAUUCGACCCGUAGUCAACAUUGAAGGCUACUGGAACGGAUUCCUGCGCAGCUCGCGACCAAAUGGUUUCGACCAGCCUACAUGGGAUAAUUGGGAGGUUGAUGAAGAUUUAUUACGAGCAUAA